AUGGCAGUGGCGGCAGACUUUUCUGGUUGGGUCAAAGAAUUGGAUUCGUUCAAGCCCUCGGCUGACGAUGGUGACGACGACGAAGAGGAUCGGCUACAAGACAUGAGCGCCACCUACACGAGCAGGUCCAAGAAGGGCCACGCAUCCCAACUCGACGAAAUCAAGCAAGAAAUGAAGCUCCUCAACUGGCACAAGCUCGCCAACGAAGCCGCAUUGAAAGCUGCUUUGAUCAAAACGAAGAAGCUCAAGCGCGAGGACGCGCGGCAGUUUUCCCUCGUGGACGCCGAAGAGCACAUGGAGCGUCUCCAACAGAUUGAAGAAGAGGAAAACUUGAAGCCUCUCGAGGUCACCGCGGAAUUCAUUCGACAAUAUGAAGAAGACGAACGCAAGCAAGAGCGGCGGCUGGAAGCGGACGUGUCUCGACAUAUCAACUGCCUCAAAAAGCUCAAGAAGAUGUUCGAGGACAGAGAAGACAUUCGCCGUCGGCAUAUUCAAUACCGUGAAGGCAAACUCGCGUUAGACCACGGGUUUCCACUACAGGUGACUCGAGAUCACUUAAGUAGUAACCAAGAUGACGACGCCCAGCGGGAAAAUGCAAAGCUCACGUCACGGUCAUCCGGAAACUCAAACGACGUGUCACGCGUGUUGUCGAGUUUAGACAAGCUCGUCGAACUCGAGAGGCGCAUAUCUAGCUUAGAACAGGACGACAUUGAACCCGCGUCGGCAGCCGUGGUUGCCCCUUUGCUCAAGGGUUCGACGACUCUCAAGUUUACCAAAACGUCUAAUGGUCGCACAACGGCGCAAAAAGUGUCAUCCAAGUCCAAGCAAUCCAAAUCGAAAUCGCAAACGUCGACGUUUUUGACAUCGGUGCCUGAGCCAAAAAAGUCGAGGCUCGCUGCCGCUGUUCCUUCUACGGGCACGAAGUCAAGAGAAGCCCAGCGAGCGGCAGAGCUACGGCGAAUGCCCGAACGGGAUAGGCAAAAAGCCCUCAAGAUGGACAAAAAACAAGCGAUGGCCAGACAAUCGGCGCAACAAGCAGUGAAAAUCGACCAGUGGGCCGAAAAGAAGAAGCAAGCUGCCGCGGCGCGCAAAGUCAACUACGUCAAGAGUAAUCAGCGAGCGGCAGCGGUGGACGUCAAGGCAAAAACAACCCGAGGGGCGAAGAAUAGACACAUGGAGGAUUUUCAAGCGAUGAAGCGCGGGUUUGAGGCGAAGAAGGCAGGAAUGGCAAAAGUGGGGACAGUGGCCCAAGCCGCCUACGGAACAACGAUUGCUACCAAUGAUCCAUGGUACACUUCCACGUGCACAGCCGUGUGA